GAGUUUCCUGAUCGAUUGCCUAUUUGUUUAGAUAACUUUUCAAAUUUGUCUUCUGUCUUGACAAGUUUUUGCUUGAUGUAUUGUGGUUCAUUUCUUAUACUCUUGUCUCUUUUCAUCCUUUGCUUGUAACAGGAAAAUUAUGGCGGAUAUAUGGUUGCAUUCGCUGGUCGAAAAUAUGCUGCAAGGUCCCCCCUUGCUUUUGUAGCAAACAACACCUACACUGUGUCAAGCUUUACUCUUGUGCUUGAAUUUAAGAAGGGCAGGCUUCAAAACUUGUUUUGGAAGAGGGACGGUUGUGCCAAAUGUCAGAGUGGCUCUAGCUUUGUGUGUCUCAACAAGCAGGACUGUGCUAUCAAGACGUCAAGCUGCAAAAACCAUGCAAGUGGAGGCUCUGUAGAUUGCAGCCUUGGAAUACAAUUGGCAUUCUCUGGCACAGACAAGCACCUUUCGGCUUUGAACUCAUGGUAUGAGGUGGAGAACCUUCGUCAAUACUCGCUCUACGGUUUAUACUCUAAUCUCAAGGACUCUCUCACUAGUCAGUAUGACAAGAUAUUUUAACUCCGGUUCUAGCCUGUAGAUGCAUUUUUCCUUCUUUUUUGAUCGCUGUUGUAAUUCUUUAUUAACACUUGGUCUUUUUUGUUGCUUUGAUUUAAAUAUAUGUUGUGUUUUCCCUCCUUUUCUCCACGUUUUGGAGCCCUCCAUCCUGGAAAACUCUCGACACUAUAUGGUGUGUAUAUUUAUAUGCGAAACAUUUACUUGAUA